AUGGUGACGCUGACGGAGACACUGGGGGGAAGAAGGAAGGACCGCACGACCCGCCCGGCAGGAGUUGGACAACCGGCAGCUCAGCUGGAGCUGCAGCAGGAGCUGGAGCGGCAGCAGGAGCUGGUGCCAGAAGCGUGGUGGCCGACUUGUCUUGCCACCGUGUUGCGAGACUCCAGAAGGGGAAGGAAACUUGCUGAAUGCAGACUCACAGAUGAGUCCUGUGAAAUUGUGGCUGCUGUUCUUCAGUCACCAAACUCCCUGACAGAGCUGGACCUGAGUAACAAUGACCUGGGAUAUUCUGGAGUUCAGCUUCUCGCUAACGGACUGUCUAGUUCCCACUGCAAACUUCAGACACUAAGACUUGCUGAAUGCGCACUCAGAGAUGACUCCUGUGGAAUUGUGGCUACAGUUCUUCAGUCACCAAUCUCCCUGUCAGAGCUGGACCUGAGUAACAAUGACCUGGGAUAUUCUGGAAUUCAGCUUCUCUCUAACGGACUGUCUAGUCCCCACUGUAAACUGCAGAUAUUACGGCUCUCUGAUUGUCUCAUCUCAGAGAAGGGUUGUUUUUGUCUGGCUUCAGCUCUGUCUUCAAACCCCUCACACCUAAAAGAGUUGGAUCUGAGCUACAAUUAUCCCGGAGAAUCAGGACUGAAGCUGUUAUCUGUUAGACUGGAGGAUCCUGUCUGUAAACUGGAGAAGCUAAAAACUGACCAUGCUUCUGUAAACAGAGCACGACCACGUUUGCUGAGAUAUGCCUGUGAACUCACACUGGACCCAAACACAGCAGGCAGACGUCUCUCUCUCUCUAAGGGGAACAGAAAGGUGACGCGUAUGAAUGAGGACCAGUGGUAUCCUGACCACCCAGAGAGAUUUGUCUGGUGGGAUCAGGUGUUGUGUAGAGAGGGCAUGUCUGGACGCUGUUACUGGGAGGCUGAGUGGAGUGGGGAUGGGGCUCGUAUAUCUGUGGCGUUUAAAAGCAUCCAGAGGAAAUGGCAGAAUGAUGACAGCAUGCUGGGACAUAAUGACAAGUCCUGGAGUCUGGACUGCUCUCCUGGUAGUUACUCUGCUUGCCACAAUAAUGAGCCCACUCACAUAAGUGCCCCUUCCACCUUCUCCAGCAGAGUAGGAGUGUACCUGGACUGGCCGGCUGGCACUCUGUCCUUCUACGGCGUCUCCUCUGACACACUCACCCACCUGCACACGUUCCACUCCACAUUCACUGAGCCCCUCUAUCCUGGGUUUAGGGUUUAUUCUGACUCCUCAGUGUCCCUGUGCCAGAUCACAUGACCUCCCCAUGCUGCAGGAACACGGAAAUAGUGGUAUGUGUAUUCUGUUUAUACGCCACUGCUUUGAUGAUACUAUGCAAAUUAUGCAUUUUUGUACAUUUUUUGCAUUUUCUGAAUUGAAUAUGUUCAGCAACAAUAUGAUGUAUUGUGCGCUCCUUAAGGUUUAACUAUUUGCUGCAUUUGUUUAAGCAUGAUGCACUGGUCUGGUGUGUGUGUGUGUGUGCGCAUGUUAGGCAUAGUUAUUGUGUAAUGUGUGUUUUUGUGUUAGGC